UCCCACAGGCGGCCACGGCUCUGGAUAGUCUGGCGUGGACGACGUUUCCCGUAAAGUACGGGAAACGACUUCUGGCUCCGAUCCUGAUACCUUUCCUCGCAGGCUGUGCGUGACUUGGUCCCACCUGAGGAAGAAGUCUGAGUGGGUGACUGCAGAAGAGACUGCAGACGGAGCCCGCCCCAGGCCCCGCGUAGCCGCGGGAGCCGGGUGGCGGGAGGCGCUCAAGGCUCGGAGGCCUCGAGCGCGCAGGGCGGGUCUGUCUGCCCACUAGGCCGUGGGUGCUGCAGCUGCCGAGGAGCGGCGGGUAAUCGGCCCCGGAAGGUGAGAUGUUGCUGCUCAUGACAGGGCCACGCGUGCCUCGGUGUUGGUGGGUACGGUUGUGAAACUGGCAGUUCGUGAUUGUCCUUGUGUGAAGGGGACACAGGGUGUCCUGUACGUGAGCGUGCAUUGCUGAGACUGGUGAGCGCCCCUGUGACCUGAGGCUGUACGUUCCCGGCUGCUUCCUGCAUCCUGUGACAACCACUGAGACUGACUGACUGCCACAGAGAAAUGAUCCCAGCUCUGGCUGUGCUUUCUGGUAGAGGAACCCUGAGGACUGAUCCACUCUUACAGACAAAAACCAUGACCCACGGAUCAGUGACAUUCAGGGAUGUGGCCAUGGACUUCUCUCAGCAGGAAUGGGAGUAUCUGAACCCCUUCCAGAAGACCUUGUAUCGGGAUGUGAUGAUGGAGAACUAUGGUAACUUGGUCUCACUGGACCAUUCCAUUUCUAAGCCGGAUGUUAUCACAUUAUUGGAGCAAGGAAAAGAGCCCUGGAUGAUUGUAAAGGAAGAAACAAGAAAAUGGUGUAAAGAUUUGAAGUCAAGAUAUGAAAAACUCAGCUCUGGGAAAGUAUACCUCUAUAGAAAACAUUCAUCUCUUACUCUACAUCAAAGAACUCAUAAUAGUGAGAAAGCCUAUGAAUGUGACAAAUGUGGGAAGGCCUUCACUCGUCAUACAGACCUCAUAGUACAUCAGAGAAUUCAUACUGGUGAGAAACCCUACGAGUGUAAGGAAUGUGGAAAAGCCUUCAAUCGUGCAUCUAACCUGCUGCAACAUCAGAAAAUUCAUACUGGUGAAAAACCCUAUAAAUGUGAGGAAUGUGGGAUGACAUUUAGUCGUAAUAUAGACCUUAGAGUUCAUCAAAGAAUUCAUACAGGUGAGAAACCCUAUCAAUGUGAAGAGUGUGGGAAGGCCUUUGGUCGUGCUUCCUACCUGACUCAACAUGGAAAAAUUCAUACUGGUGAGAAAUCCUAUGUGUGUGAUGAAUGUGGAAAGGCCUUUAGUAAAGGUGGAAAACUUAAAAUACACCAGAGAAUUCAUACUGGUGAGAAGCCCUAUGAAUGUAAGGCAUGUGGGAAGGCCUUUAGUCAGGCCUCUCACCUUGUGCAACAUGACAGAAUUCAUACUGGUGAAAAACCCUAUGAAUGCCGUGAGUGUGGAAUGACCUUUAGUCGUAGUAUAGAUCUUAGAGUACAUCACAGAAUUCACACUGGUGAGAAACCCUGUAAAUGUAAGGAAUGUGGGAAGGCCUUUAGUUGUGCCUCAAAUCUUGUUCAACAUGAGACAAUUCAUACUGGCAAGAAGCCCUAUGAAUGUGAACAAUGUGGGAUGACAUUUAGUCGUGUCUAUCAACUCAUUCCACAUCAGAGAAUGCACACUGGUGUGAAACCCUAUGAAUGUAAUGAAUGUGGAAAGGCCUUUAGUCGUGCCUCAGCACUUAUUCAACAUGAAAGAAUGCAUACUGGUGAGAAACCCUAUAAAUGUGAAGAAUGUGGGAAGGCCUUUAUUCAUGGUGGUAGCCUUAGGACACAUCAGAAAAUUCAUACUGGUGAGAAACCCUAUGUCUGUAAAGAAUGUGGGAAGGCCUUUGGUCGUACUUCAGACCUUGUUAGACAUGAGAGAAUUCAUACUGGUGAGAAACCAUAUAAAUGUAAGGACUGUUGUAAGGCCUUUAGUCAUAUUGAAAGCCUUAGAAUGCAUCAUAAACUUCAUACAGGUGAGAAACCCUAUGAAUGUAAACAGUGCGGGAAAGCUUUUAAGAGUGGUCAUCAACUUACUGUACAUCAGAGAAUUCAUACUGGUGAGAAACCCUAUGAAUGUAAGGAAUGUGGGAAGGCCUUUAGUGUCUGUGGACGACUUACUCGACAUCAGAGUACUCACAGUGAUGAGAAGCCUUUUGAAUGUAACAAAUGUGGGAAAUCCUUUAGACUUAGUUCAAGUCUUAAAGUACAUCAAAGAAUUCAUAACUAGAGAAAAACCUUAGGAAUGAAAGUUCUAUGAAAAGGCAUAUAUAUGCAAUGGACAGUGUGUAGGACAUUAGUGUAUUUAUAACAAACAAUUUAAAAAGAAUGUGAGCCAGGCAGGGUGGAGCACACCUGUAAUCCCAGGGGCUCAGGAGGCUGAGGCAGGAGGAUCAUGAAUUCAAGGACAGUCUCAUCAACAGGGAGGUUCUAUGCAACUCAGUGAGAUCCUGUCUGUAAAUAAGUAAAAAAGGGGAUGUGGCUCAGUGGGUAAGCAUCACUGGGUUCAAUCCCUGGUACCAAAAAAAUUAAAAGAGAGAAGAAUAUGGCAAUGCUUUUAAAUAUGGUUUAGUUCUUCUAAGGCAUUAAAAUAGUUUAUGGUGUGAAACCCCUCAGAAUUCAUAUUUCAGAUUUUUUAGCAGUGAUCCAAAUACUAUUAUUAUUCAGAGAAUUUCUAAUUUAUUUUAUGUAACAUAAAACCUUUAUAUUUCUCUGUGCAUAAAUUAUCAGUAUAUUCACAUUAGAGGAAAAUUCAGAGAAUGUAGAAAUAUCUUCAUUUUUUAUGUUUUAUUUAUAAAAGCCUUCUACCUGUAUCAAUUAUUGUUAAACACAAGAAAACACACCACAGGAAGCCCCUGUUGAUCUAACAAAUGUAGAAAAACUUGUGGUUUCCAUUCUAUUAUUUACAGCCUGUAUGACUUUGGUCAUAACAUUUGUCCUACUGGGAGUCCUGUGUAAAGAACGAUAAUAUAUAUAUUAUAGUGCUAUUAUUGGAAAUUAGAAAAUAUGGAAAAUUUUUUCACAUGUUGUCUAUGUUCAGUAAGUAAUUGAUACUAUUUUAUAUUAUCUAUAUUACUAUUGAUGAAUUAUGAGAUAAAGUUCAUAUAGGGAUAAUAAAUUUAGAAAAGCUUCAUGUAAUUUCUUAUUUUUUUUAGUUUGAAAUAAUCCUUUCUGAUUAUAACCCUGUAGAAUGUAAAAAAUAGAGAGGAUUUAAAACAUGAGUUUUAUUGGAGCACUUGCAACAUAUAUUUGUGUACAUAUUGUCUGCUUUUGCAUUACUCUAGUAGAGUUGGGUAGUUACAACAGAGACUAUAUUACCUACAAAUUCUAAAAUAUUUACUCUAUUUUUUUUAAAAAUUGCCAACUCCUAUUUUAGAACAACUUCCACAUAAUUUUUUCAUGACUUUGGAUUUUUGAAGGGUACAAGAUACUUAUAAUACCCAACAUUGUGGAUUUUUAAAAUUGUUUUUCUUAGAAAGCAUUUAUCUUUGUUUUUGUUUUGCUUUUGUUUUUGUGGUGUUGGGGAUCAAACCCAGGACCUCACACAUGCUAAGCAAGUACUCUACAACUAAACUAAGCCCCCAGCCCAUUUAUCCUAUUCUUCUGUCCCUAAUAGUUCCAGUAAAUCUGAGUUAACAAAAAUAUUCAUGUAGUUGAUGUUCUAUAAAUUAAAAACAUAUCAUGUUGAGUUUUCCUAGUACAGAUUGAACAUCUCUAAUCCAGAAAUCCAAAAUUUGGGACUUGGGUUGUAGCUCAGAGGUAGAGCGUUUGCCUAGCACAUGUGAGGCACUGUGUUCAAUCCUCAGCACCACAUAAAAUAAGUAAAUAAAACAAAGGUAUUGUGUUCAUCUACAACUAAAAAAGAAUUUUUUUUAAAUCCAAAUUUUGCCGGCCCAGUGGUACAAUAAUAUAUAAUCACAGCACCUCAGGAAACUGAGGCAAGAGGAUAGCAAGUUUAAAGCCAGCUUCAUCAAUUUAGCAAGGCCUUAAGCAACUUAAGGAGAUCCUGUCUCUAAAUAAAAAAUGGGCUAGGGAUGUGACUCAGUUGUUGAAUGCUCCUGGUUUAAUCCCCCACCUCAAAAAAAAUACAAAAUUUGAAAUGCUUCAAAAUCGAAACUUUUUGAGCACUAACUUAAUGAUACCAGUAGAAAAUUUCACACCUGACUCAUGUGACAGGUCAAAACAUGCAUUUAAAAUAAAAUCAUGUAUCAUUUUAGGGCAGGGAUAUGUUCUAAGAUUUGUACCAUUAGGCAGUUUAAACAUUGUGCAAAUAUCAUAGAGUAGUUACACAAAUUAAGGCAGCUAUGACAUCAGUAAGUAAUAUUAUCUUACAGGACCACUGUCAUUGUGUCACAUGACUGUAUUAUACAGACAUCGUUAGGCUGUGUGUAUAUGGAAAAUGAAUUUAGUGUUUAGUUUAGACUUGGAUCCCAUCCUCAAGAUGUCUCACUUAUGUGUAUGCAAAUAUUUUAAAAUUUAAAAAUCUCUAAAUCUGAAACACCUCUGGUCCAGAUACUCAACCUGUAUCAAUGAUGCUAGAUAUUAUCAUUUGAUCAUAGAAGUGACUACUUGAUUGUAGAGAUCCAGUUUAUACUUAUUAGUCAUCAUGGUGAUACUUUGUCACCUUUCUGAAAUUUAUAAACUUAUGUAUAAACUCUAAAAUAAGAAAUUAAUAUAGAAAUGAGGGCAUAUUCCAAAAUGCCAAUAUAUCAGAACUUUGGAAUAUUAAUAGUCCUGUACUCAUUGGAAAUUCAAUACUCCUUUUAAAAGUUUUAUAGAUGCCUGGCUAGCUCAUUUGGUAGAGCAUGAGACUUUUUAAAAGUUUGUUUAUUUUCUGUGAAACCAAUGAGUACAUCUACAUGUUUAGGAAUUUUGCAGUAAAGUAGUAAUUUAACCCGUGAUUUUUAAUUUUUUUGCUAAAAUACAUUAAUAUCAAGUAGAUAUUGGCAAAUACGGCCUAGGGAAAAAAAUUAAGAAUGAUUACAUCAUGGCAUCAUUAUGUAAGAAAGAGGACAUGCUUAUAAAUAAUAGAAGAUAAAAAUUUGAUUAUAAGGUAAUCCUUAAAUAGAUUCUAGUAUAUUUAAAAAUCUACAGAGUAAAUUAUCUUCCUAGAAAAAAAUGUAAUUCAUCAAAAUUGACUUAAGAUGAUAAUGGACAUUUUUUUUUUUUGGGUGCUGGGGAGAUAAUGGACAUUUUUGAAAUUUAUUUUUUUAAAAUCAUAGAGGAAACAAAACCUUUUUAAAAGCAGCACUUAUACUAUGUACACCCUCAGGUAAGACUUAGAGCAGAAAAUUAUCUCUAACAAAAUUACCCCAGCUAAUUGUUACAUGGAUCACAUAUGUAUAACAUCUCUAAGAGAAUAACUCCUACAAAGCAAAAGCUAAAUGAUAUUAAGAAAUUGAGCAUAGACACCUCUUAACUGUUGACUGACAGCAGGGUGACAACAGACUUUCAAGUCCCCACUGUCAUGGCAACUGUGGCCCAUGCUGACUGGUUCUAAUUGGAUUCUUCAUUAUACAUCCUUACAGAUUUUAUAGUUAGGAGAAAUUAUCCUAAUCUCCCAGAGCUUCAGGAUCUGGUUACAAAAGUCUUCUCUUUCAGGGUAACUUGGGUUCCUCUUCUCAACAUUAUCUUGGGCCUGCAUUUUUCCUGCAGUUAACAGGUAAUUUGCUGAGGAAUGUGUCUUAGUAGGCUAGGCAGGGCUGCAGAUAAAUUGUUUCUUAGAAAAGAGAACAAGUGGAGGUCAGCACAGUAGGCCCAUUUUGUAGAAUUAUUCUCUUAAUCUCAUGUUCCCACCGUCUUCAUCUGUCUGUCCCCUAACAUUAUAUGGUUUGUUUAACCCUGAAAGAUGUUUUGGUAGAUUCCAGUUUUUGUCUAAUACUCGUAAAACUUCUGAAUAAAAAGAAAGAAAGAAAGAAAAGAAAUUGAGCGUAGAAAAUUUUAAUGCAUUAUAUGCCAAUUGAAACAGGAUCUACCAGAGGAUAUAAAAUUAAAAAUCAUUUAUGUAGAAUAUCCAGGACUUAACUUUUCUAAUUUAGUUAUAAAUCUUUUUAAUACCUUUAUUUAAUUAAUUUAUUUACUUAUUUAUUUAUUUAUUAUGCGGUA